AUGAUGUGCCCACAAGUAUACUGGUUCCAGUUCUGGGUGCACAUGAUUCUCCACGAUGUGCACAGGAAGACAGCGCGUAGGAAGCGGAGAGUCGACGUCAAGCGAUACUUUUUCGACGUCGUCUCCGAGAAGAAGGCACCCAGCUUCCGACCGAUUGAGGAGCUGACAGACGACGAGGCUGAAGGCAUCCAGCUGGUCGUCAACGAGACGACCCUGAAGUCGGCCGAAUCCGAAGCCGAAUACAAAAAGUGGUUCGAAGAAGAACACAUGGGCUUGCUGGCCAAGGUGCCGGGGUGGCUGCGCACGCGCUUCAUGAAGACAUCUACGAUCGAGAACGAAGGCAGGACGAUAUACCUGUCGAUCCACGAAUAUGCCAAGGAGAACGGCCUCGGCGGCCCCGAGCACCAGGCGUCCAUGUCGACCAAGUGGCGCGACGACGUUGCCCAGAAUCACAUUGCGACCAAGAGCCGCCGGACCUACUCUUUGUUCUACGUCUUCGGCCCGGGACCGCGGGACCUCGCCUCCCUCGCCGAGCUGCCACCGGCGGGCCAGGGUAUCACGUCGGACGGCGCCAAGACGACCGAGCUGCCCGGCGCGCACGAGGUCAUCAGCUCCUUCGUGACAACCGCCGACGGCCUGUCGAUCCCGUACCGCCUCGAGGGCAACACGUCGCCCAAGGCGCCCGUCGUCGCCUUCUGCAACAGCCUGCUGACGUCGAUGCACAUGUGGGACCCCCUCGUGUACAUCCUCAAGGAGAAGCGGCCCGAUCUGAAGAUCCUCCGCUACGACACGCGCGGUCGCCACGCGGUCCCCAAGCCAGAGCCCGCGACGCUCGACGUUGUGGCGUCUGACCUCGCGGCGCUGCUCGACGCGCUGCGCAUCCCGAAACUCGACACCCUCAUCGGCGUCGUCGAGGGCUUCCGAUACGGCUGCCAGGCGCUCUGGGACUACGACCUCAGGCCGCAGCUCGGGGCGUGCCGCGUGCCGGGCCUCUUCGUUGUCGGCGACGGCGACGGCAAGGGCGCACUCGUCAAGGCGAUGGAAGGGUUCCGAGGCAGCGUCGGCCAGGAGGGUGUCGAGCUGAGCAUUGUACCGAAUACGGGGCAUCUGCCCAUGUGGGAGGAUCCUCAGGCGUUCUGGACGGCCAUUGCACGUUUCGUGUAA